AUGCGUAUCUUCAACGUGAGAUAUUGCUCCAACUACAUUUAUAAGCAGCUAUAUUAUCAUGGCUUCGGAAGGACGUGUUUUCUCACAUUCUUUGCGAUUGUUCUUCAUGUGCUAGUAGGAAAAUAUCUGGCUUCUCAAGAAUCUCUCAAGUUCUUAAAUCAACAUGGACAUGAAGCUAAUCCUGAGAUCCUAGACAUAGAUAGGAGAUUGUUUAAAUUAAUUCAAAAAGCUAAUGAACCUAAAGCCAUUUUAUUUGCUAACCAAUAUGCUCUUGCGAUUACUCUGAACUGGCUCUGUAAUGUUCAGGAAUUCGGGAUUCUAGAAAGAGUCGUAAUUAUUUGUUUGGAUGAUAUCACAUAUGAUUCUAUCCGAAAACGGUGGCCCAUUAUAAGUGUUGUAAGAUGGAAAAUAGAAAUGAUGGAAGAUAGCUUUAUGGUAGGAUCUGGCCGUUACCAAAUGUUCCAACUACUUCGCUCUAAUACAAUAUCCUACCUUAUAAGAUCAGAAAAAAAUUUCUGGAUGGUUCAGGCUGACACUCACUGGAGCCAAAAUUUGUUUGAUGUUUUCGAUGUAACAUCAGCCAAAGGAGAUAUCUUAUUUGAUAAAGAAGGCGAGUAUGGAUUGUUAGCCGAUAUGAUUGGAGGUGGUAAUUUCUACAUUCGGUCUAAUGAGAAGUCUCAUGAAUAUUUUCUCCAACUCUCUAUUGUUCUGCGAGGCUUAUAUGCAACAGAUAAUAACAUAAUGGGGAGCUUAUGUGCCAAACGGUUUGCCGAUGUGGACUGUGGUGAGAUUCCCUAUAAAAUAAUAGCAAACUGGAGAUGGCAUCUAGGAGAACGUCAAGUUCUUCCUCCAUUAUUACAGUUCGAUUUUCUAGGAGGAAAAAAGUUCGAUAGAAUGAAAGCAAUCGGGUUACAAUUUGCUACUGCAUCAGGGAGAUGUUCGAAUGAUUGGAGUCAUUCCAACAUCACAUUAAAAAAUUUACAAAAGUUUCAACUUCCAUCAAGUUUUUCAUUACAUCUCUUAAUUUGGGGACAGAAAAUAUGUGAUGUAGUGUGCAACAUAUCUUUUUAUACAACAUAUAUUCUACGAACUGUCAUAAUACCAAAUUUCGCAUACUAUUUAAUAGUUUAA